AUGUUCUCUUGGAUGCUUAUCGUCUGGAUCCUGGAGAUACCUGUUCUUGUGUGCUGCUCUGAUACUUCUCAGUGCAUUUUUAAACCACAGUGGAAUCGAUACAAUGAUGGAAAUGUUGUGAUUGCUGCAUUUGUUCCUCUUUUUAAUUAUUUUAUCAUAAACAAAACGAUUGCUUUUAAUGUUGAAAAAAAGUAUCAAGCCAUGUUCAAGGUGAAGAACUACCAGUGUACCUUGGCUGUCAUAUUUGCCACUGAAGAGAUAAACAGGAACCCUGAACUUUUACCCAACAUAUCUCUAGGAUUUGAUCUCUAUAAUGUCCAAAGAAGUGAAUGGAAUAUUCUGAAGGAAGCUUUUAUUUGGCUCACAGGAAUGGGGAUAAACAUUCCUAAUUACGCAUGUAGAAGAAAGAACAAGGCUGUUGCUAUACUUACAGGAACAUCAUGGGCAAUAUCUGCACGUAUUGGGAGACUGCUGAGUCUCUACAAAUAUCCACAGCUUAGUUUUGGACCAUUUGACAGUAUCCUGAGUGACCAAGACCAGUUCUCUGCUCUCUACCAGACAGCUUCAAAAGACACAUCACUGUCAUUUGGCAUUGUCUCUUUGAUGCUUCAUUUCAGCUGGACCUGGGUGGGGCUUGUCCUCCUAGAUAACCACAAAGGAACUCAGAUUCUAUCAGACUUGAGGGCAGAGAUGUACAGGAAUAAGGUGUGUGUAGCUUUUGUAAAAAUGAUGCCAGAAAACCUGAUUGCAUUUGACUAUGCAUCCAAAGAAACUCUCAAGUGGAUCAUGAUAUCAUCUGCAAAAGUGGUUAUUGUUUAUGAAGACACUGAAUCUUUACAUACUGCAAUGCUAAAUCUAAUGCAAUUGGUUAUAACAUGGAAAGUCUGGGUCAUGAAUUCACAGUGGGAUAUAGCUGCUACUCAUGAUUAUUUCUUGUUUGACUCAUUGCAUGGGAGUCUCUUUUUUGCACACCAUCAUAAUGAGAUUGCUGAUUUUAGAAAUUUUAUCCAGACAUAUAACCCUUCCAAAUACCCAGAUGAUCAUUAUCUUGCUCUUUUGUGGAGUAAAUUUUUCAAUUGCUCUUUUUCUUUACAAGACUGUAGAAUUUUGGAUAACUGUCUGCCCAAUGUUUCCUUGGAAUAUUUGCCUACAAAUAUAUGGGAAAUGGAUAUGACUGAAGAGGGUUACAAUAUAUAUAAUUCUGUGUAUGCUGUAGCUCACAGUCUCCAUGAGAUGACUCUCAAACAAGUACAAAUUCAACCUCAUGGAAAUGAGCAGGAGAAUUUCCACCCAUGGGAGCUCCACCAUUUUCUCAAGAACAUCCAUUUCAAAAAUGGUGCUGGAAAUGAAGUGGUUAUGGAUCCACAAAAUAAAUUAGAUGAAGAGUAUGAUAUUCUCAACUUCUGGAAUUUUCCAAAUGGUCUCCGACAAAAGCUGAAAGUUGGAACAUUUUCUCCAAAAGCUCCACAGGGUCAACAACUGUUUUUGGCUGACCAUAUGAUACAGUGGGCUAUGGGAUUUAAAGAUGUUCCUCACUCUGUAUGCAGUGAGAGCUGUGUUUCUGGAUUCAGAAAAUCCCCACAGGAGGGUCAGGCUGCCUGUUGCUAUGAUUGUACUCCUUGUGCAGAUAAUGAGAUUUCCAAUGAAACAGAUAUGGAUAAUUGUGUGAAAUGUCCAGAAAGUCACUAUGCAAACACAGAGAAGAGUCACUGCCUACAGAAAGCCUUGAAAUUUCUGGCCUAUGAAGACCCCUUGGGAAUGGUUCUCUCUUGCAUGACCAUGGGCUUCUUUGUACUCACAACUGCUGUACUUGGUAUCUUUGUGAAGUACCACCACACUCCCAUUGUCAAGGCCAAUAACCAGGCUCUCACUUACAUCCUGCUCCUCACUCUGACCUUCUGUUUUCUUUGUCCCUUGCUCUUCAUUGGGUAUCCCAACACAGCCAUAUGUAUCCUACAGCAGAGCACAUAUGGAGUUUUGUUCACAGUGGUUCUCUCCACAAUCUUGGCAAAAACCAUGACUGUUGUUCUGGCCUUCAAAGUUACUGUUCCUGGGAAGAUGAUGAGGUGGUUAAUGAUAUCAAAGGCCCCUAAUUUCAUUAUUCUCAUCUCCACCUUUAUUCAACUUUUGCUCUGUGGAAUUUGGCUGUACACCUCUCCUCCCUUUGUCGACUUGGAUGCUCACUCUGAACAUGGAUACAUCAUCAUUGUCUGCAACAAAGGCUCAGUUGUUGCCUUUCACUGCAUCCUGGGAUACCUCUGCUCUUUGGCACUUGGGAGCUAUGCUAUGGCCUAUCUUUCCAGGAAGCUGCCUGACACAUUUAAUGAAGCCAGGUUUUUGACAUUUAGCAUGCUGGUGUUCCUCAGUGUAUGGGUCACAUUCCUCCCUGUCUACUAUAGCACCAAGGGUAGGGUCAUGGUGACCAUGGAAAUCCUCUCUAUCAUGGCUUCCAGUGCAGGGAUCCUAGGCUGCAUCUUUGCCCCAAAGUGCCAUAUUAUUUUGUUAAGACCAGACAGAAUCUCACUUCAUUACAUCAGGGACAAAGCACAUUCUAGAAGAAAAGUGCAUUUUACAGAUUAA